AUGUCUCAACCAACAAUAUCUGAACCUAUGAGUGAAACAUCAACAGGGACUACGUCUACUAGUCAAGCAGCGAAGGUUACACCUCCAUUAAAACUUGAUAUCCUUCGUAUUAUUCGACUUUGUCAACAACAGCAUGGCCUUCGUCAUGGUGAUUAUCAACGAUAUCGAUCGUUUUGUUCGCGACGACUUCGUCGGAUACGCAAAUCCCUCGAAGCAACGUAUGGCAAUCAGAAAAAAUUUCAAAAGCCCGUCAUUACAGAUGAACUCGUCGCGAAAGACUCACGAUAUCUUUUAUUACCAUUGAUCUGCAGUGAACGCGCUUGGGCUUACGCGAUGCAACUGAAAAGUGAAGCAAAUACUGAAACACGCAAGAAAUUCCAUCUUUUAAAUCGCCUUCGUAAAGCAGUGAAACAUGCUGUUCACUUGGAAAGUUUAUGUAAUCAACAAAAAACAUGCGAUGCUCGUACAAAACUUGAAGUUCAAGCUUACACAGCUGUUAUGAAUGGUCAUUUAAAAUUCGAACUCCAACAAUGGAGUAAUGCAUUAGAAUAUUAUAUUCGUGCUCAAACGAUUUAUGACAAACUGAAAACAGGUGUUCGUAGUGAAGAAGACAAAUUGAUGCUUGAUCAACGUAUCGAUGAAAUUACAACGAACGUUCGCUUUUGUCAAUAUAAGAGUGGUGAUAAAAAUGCGGCGAAAGAGUUAAGAAACUUAAGAACCAAAGCAGCGUUGGAUGAUCCCGAAAUGACACGAGUUUUAGAUGCAUUUCUUAGUGAAACACACGAGCAGCAAACAUCAUCGAUUUCUGAAAUAACAUGGCGACAACGGAAAAUUCAAGUGUCCAGUGAAAAGGCUCGUUUAUUCUUUUUGAAUUUACAAGAAUUUGAGACUGAAAUCAAAAAACCAGGUGUUUCAUUCGAUACCAAAAUGAGUUUAUACGAAAGUUUUCUCAAGGAAGCCGUGGAAACAUCACAAGUCGUUAAAGAUGAGUUGAAAAAUGAUCCGACAUUCAAACCUACUCCAGCCUCUGCUGCACCAGCUGAUAAUACCAAACGUGAAAAUGCCGACCGAUUAUCCGAUGGCGUUUGGUUAUACAGUUACAUUGCCUGGAUUCGUCUUUCGAAAAUGAUCGAACGUAAUUUGGCAAUGAUCGAAAAUGGUAAACAACAAGUGUUCAGAUCAGUGGACGGAGAGAAAACAGAUGUGACCGAAGGAAAGAAAGUGACUAAAGCGGCGGAUCUUAUUCGAAUGUACGAUCUUUUAUUACAAUUUCUGAAUGAUAUUGUCGCUAUACCUGCUUUACAAAAUGACAAGACCAUUCAAUCGGACGUGAAUUUUCAAACGAUUGUUUACAAGGCUUGCAGAUCGUUUUAUAUUGCAAUAUCGUUUGUUCAGCAAAAACGUUUUAAGGAUUCCGCUGCUUUAGUUAAUAAAACUGAAACAUAUAUGGAACAAGCGAAAAAAUUAGCCGCAAGUGGUCAACAACCGAAAUCAAGUGAAAUAAACUAUCAAACAUUAUUGAAUGAAUUUACAUUUAUUCAAUCUAAACUUGACGAAGUUAAAUAUCAAAUUCAAACAUCAGCAACAUCAACACCAACGCCAGUUGGUAGUGUCUCGCCUAAAGUGGGUACGAUCCAGCAAUCAUUUGAUGAAGUGCUUUCACCCGAAGAACAGAAAGAAUUAGAGAAAAAACCAUUAAUCGAUCGUUUGGAUACCUACUUCGAAGAUUUAUCACUAACGAAUAAAAAUCGUCUCAACAUCGUUUCGUUACCACCGCCAUUCAAACCAAUUCCAUGCAAGCCGGUUCUUUUUGAUUUAGCACUCAAUCAUUUAACAUUUCCAUCAUUGGAUGAUAAAGUUCAAAGUAAACGUCAAGCAAUGUCGACACUCAACGACAGAGGACAACAGCAACAAGCUGGCCUUACUGGUUUUGUCAAGGGAUUCUUUUCCUGGGGCGCGAAGAAACAAUAG